GCGACGCAUUUAUUUUAUUUUUACCAAUAACAUUUUUUUUUGUAUUUUGCUGCUUUAAAGUACGCGCGCCGGCUGUUCAAAUAACAUACCUGCGCCUGAGGCGGAAGCACAAGCAAUAGCAGCCGCAGAGAUGAUGAUGAUGAUGUCGCCAGCAUUGGCAUCGGCAUCGGCAUCGGCGUCAGCGUCGACCGAUUGCAGCAGCAGCAGCAUGCAGGGCUCAACGACGAGCAGCGCCUCGAGUGAUGUGAUGACGCUGACCACUACAGCGGCAUCGUCGUGGUGCGCCAUGCCGGCCAGCACACGUUUGCGUGUGGUGCGGCUCGUACGGCCACAUCAGCGCCGGCUGCUGAUGGUGCCGGAACGCAGCGCCACAUUUGGCUUUGCGGUGCGCGGCGGCAAGGAGCAUGGCAUCGGGUUCUUCGUCUCGCACGUGGAGCACGGCGGCGAGGCGCAGCUGAAGGGUUUGCGCAUUGGCGACCAGAUCUUGCGCAUCAACGGCUAUCGACUGGAGGAUGCGGUCCACAAGGAGUUCAUCCAGCUGGUGGCCAGCCAGGAUCGAGUCACACUCAAAGUGCGAGGCGUGGGCAUGCUGCCAGUCAAGGACCAGCCGGAUGAGCGUCUGUCCUGGAGCGUGGUCAAGCUGCCCAGUGUGAGUGGGACACCAUCGGAGAGUUCAUUCAAGGCGACGACGGAACGACGCACGGCCAGCCGGGACAUCAAUGUGGUGCUGCAUGUGGCGCCGCGCACCAAACUGGGCCUGGGCAUUUGCAAGGGGCCCGAGUGGAAGCCGGGCAUCUUCGUGCAGUUCACCAAGGAGCGCAGCGUGGCCCGGGAGGCGGGUCUGCGGCCGGGCGAUCAAAUACUCAGCGUGAACAGCAUUGACUUCUCGGACGUGCUCUUCAGCGAGGCCGUCGCCGUCAUGAAGGGCUCCAGCAAGCUGGAUAUGGUGGUGCGCACCGCCGCCGGCUGUGAUCUGUUUCCCGGCGAAUCGAGCGGCUACAAUAGCUCAGCCAGCUCGGUCACUGGCGACCAGAGUCCAUGCUGGGCGGAUGCCAAAUCGAAACGGCUCACAGCAGUGCGCGAGGAGCCCACUCCAGCGGGUGGUGCAGCGGUGCAGGUGCACAAACAGCUAAACAAGACAAUUAUCAAGCUAACAGAGAAUGGCACCUCCAUCAACAGCACCUUCGUAGCCAAUGCCUGUGGCGCUCAGCAGCAGCAGCGUGAGCACGAGCAAACCCUGGAACAGCUGUCAGUCAGUCGCAGCACCACGAUGCGACGCAGCUGCUCGGUGGCUGCGCCUGCACCACCGCCGCCAGCUGCAGCAGGAGCAGCAGCAGCGCUCAGCAGCAGCAGUGCUGGCAGCAGUCUCUCCAGUGCCAUAACCGAGGAACUCAAGAAGCGCAAAGAGAAGCAACAGCAGCAGCAGCUGGUGGUGGGGCAGCGGAGCAGCCAAUUGAGUCGCGAUCGCGAUCGGCUUAGAGAUCGAGAUCAGCGAGCUGAAGAUCGACCACACAAUGGCGCUGGCAGCAGCCGCAGCAUUGCACAAGUGUCGCACAAACGCGAACGCAAUGCGGCGAGUGGUGCAGCCAGCGGCGGUGCGGGUGGUGCGGGUGGUGCGGCUGCCGCAGCAACUGCAACGGGCGAUCAGCACACGGCGCUGAUGGAUGAAUUUAAGCGCGCGCAUCAGCGCAUGUUUCGGAACGGGUUCCAUGAGAGCGAGCACAAGGAGCGCGGCGAGACGCUGAAACGCACUUCGAUUAUGCCCGAUGAUAGCUGCUAUCGCAACAACAACAACAACAACAGCAACAGCAGCAACAACAAUAGCAACAGCAGCAGCAAUAAUAUUGCCAACAACGGAAGCAAUCGCAUGUUGCUGCUUAAUGGCAACAGCAACAACAACAACAACAACAGCAACAGCAGCAGCAACGUGAAUGGAUCGCCGGAAUUGCCGCCGCCGCCACCUCAGUUUGCCAAUCCACAGCAGAAGCAGCAAGCGUCGCCGUCGCCGUCGCAGUCGAUAGCGCAGCCGCCCACACAGCUCAAGCUGAGCAUACCCAACGGCAAUGGCAACGGCCAACAGCUGACCGCUCGAAGCAAGCAGCUGAGCACAGCAUCAGCAGCAGCAUCGCCUCUGUCGCCGGUGCGCAGUCCCAGCGUGCAAAUGCGUGCGCCAGUAAUGCCGCAGCCCGACUACGAUGCAGCCACAGCAACGCCAGCAAAUGGCACUCAGCAGCGACGCACGCUGCGUCUGGGCACUGUGACCAUUGGAGAGUACAGCGGAGAGCAGCGCAGCAAGCGUGAGAUGCUGCGCAACACAAGUGCUGGCAGCGCUCAAACGAAUGGCAUACUCAAGAAUGGCAAUCGCAGCAGCAACAGCUUCAGCAAUAGCAACAGCAGCAGCGGCAGCAACAACAACCGCCAGCAGCACAAGCUGCGCCAGGAGCAGCAGCGACUGCAGCAGCAGAGCGUCGAGGAGAUGCGUCUGCUUCAGCAGCGUUUGCGCAUGCAGCGCCAGCAGGGCGUCGAGCAGAUGCGUCUGCUGCAGCAGCGGCAUCGCCAGCAGCGCCAGACGCUGCAGCAGCGCAUCGACGAGGAGGAGCGCAACGAUCGACAGCGUCGCAUCGAUCAUCAGCACAUUAUGCAGCUGCGCACGAACCGCGUGCAGUCCAGCAAGGACAGCGCGGACAUCAAGCAGCCGGCGCAGGGGCUGCUGAUGCCGCCCCGAUUUGUGGUGCCCGAGCUGCCGCUUUGGUAUAUGCCGCCCAAGCUCAGCUAUGAGGGCAUUCAGGCCAACAAGGAGGAGCUGCUCGCCGAGAACAAGCGCCGCCUGAACGCGCUCAAGGACUCGUUCAAUCUGGACAGGCGCGAGAACGAUAUCGUCUUCAAGCUCGAAAAUGACGACUUUGGCGCCAAUGGCAUCUCCACUGAGGAGGUGAUCGCCGAGAUCGAGGACCAGAUGAAGGAGGAAAUCGAGAUGGAGGAUGACAUCAACAGCGAUAUGCUCUACAUACCCACCAAUUUUUCGUUGAACGAAUGA